AUGCGGUGGAAACUCGCUACAUCGUUCGCUUCUCUGAUUGGCCUGUCCACAGCACAGCUGGCACGCUAUGUAUCACCAUCCGACUCAUCAGUCUCAUUUAGCCUCAACAUCCCAACAUCAACCUCAACCUCUGGCUCCGGCGCGAUCUUUUUUCAAAUCCGUGGUCCGGCUACCGGAAAAACAUGGAUCGCAUUAGGUAUCGGCAGCGGUAUGGCCGGUGCACACAUCUUUAUAGUGUACACCGACGGCUCCGGUAACGUGACCGUAUCAGCUCGUGCCGGUCAAGGACAUUUCGAACCAGUAUUCUCCAGCGAUGCGCAGAUUACAGUCCUCGAUGGUUCUGGUAUCGUAGGCGGAUCACUCAUUGCGAAUGUUCGAUGCGAUAAUUGUCUUAGUCUUGCGGAGUUGAGUGUUACGAAUACGAGGUCGAAUUGGAUUUGGGCGGAUAAAGAUGGUUCUGCACUUGAUUCUUCGGAUGUGGAGGCGAAUAUUCAACAACACGAUAGGACUGGGGUGUUUACUUUCGAUCUUACAAGGGCUGCUGGUGGGGAUAGUAGUAAUCCGUUCGUUCAGAGUGCACAGAGUUCGGCUUCUACAACUGCUACUGGUUUUGUAACUAGGACUACGGGUGGCCCGAGACCUACUUCGACAAAUGGGGCCUCUGGAGACGAUGGCGACGAUAACUUAAACCUCGGGUCCGGAUCUUCUAACAUUGUUAGCAGUGCUGCCGCUCGGAUUGCAAGAAUGCUAAAGAUUCAUGGAAUUCUUAUGGGAUUGGCUUUCGCAGUAUUCUUCCCCCUCGGCGCAAUAAUUAUCCGACUCAUGCCAGGACCGCAUAAAGCAGACAUUCACAUGAUCGUCCAGGUCGUUGGUUUCGCACUCUCAGUCGCUGGAUUGGCAUACGGUGUCCUACUAGCAGAAGAUCUAAGAUACCUCAAAGAAACCCAUCCAAUAAUCGGCAUGGUCGUCAUGGGUGGUUUAUUCUUCCAACCUAUCGUCGGUUUAAUCCACCAUUGGCUCUUCAAGGCCAAAGGAAAGCGCACAAUUUUGGCAUACAUCCAUACUUACUGGGGUAGAGCCAUUCUCAUCUUGGGAAUUGUAAACGGAGGGCUGGGACUACAAUUGGCCGAUAAUACGACCGGUGGAACUAUUGCUUAUUCGGUCGUGGCCGGUGUUAUGGGGCUCGCGUGGUUGGCGGCUUCGGUUUUGUACUAUGUUAGAGGAGGCAGUAACAUUCCUAUCGGCGGUGAUGCCAAAUUGGAGAAACCUUUGUCGGCUGAGGGGCUAAGGGAGUAG